UGGCGAAGCAGGCGCCCGCAUUCGACGAUAGCCGGUAACCAUCACCGGCUCCCUAGUCUAGAUUUUUGACCUUCCCCCAGCUUAAACCCCAUAAAAAAUCUCACUCCCUCUCUCCCUCUCCUCUUCUCAUCGCUUCCAACUUUUCUCCUCUCUAGCGAGAAAGAAAAAACCCUAACUCUGGGACUACAGCGAGAUAAGAGAGACAGAGGGUGGGAAUCCGAUGCGAGCGGCGCGAUGAUGAUGAAGAAGAGAGAAGAAAAGAUGGAGGUCGCGGCGGUGGCCGGAGUCUCCCCGUUCGUCGCCGACCAGGUCGGCGGGAUCUUCGACAUCGCCUUCGACAGCGGGGGAGACAAGAGCUCCCAAGGCUUCCUCGAGCUGCUCGGCCUCCCCGGGUCCUUCUUCGAUCUCCCAGCUCCGGCGUCGCCGGUCGAGGCGACCCACUCGGCGGCACCGCCGGAGUCCUCCCCGGUGACCCCGAACUCGUCCUCGAUCUCCUCCUCCUCCACGGAGGCUGCCACCGACACCGAUCCGGCCAAGCCCCAGCCGCAGGAGGACGAGCAAGACAAAGCCAAGAAAAUUGAUUUGAAGGGAGGCAAGAACAAGCGGCAAAAGCGUCAGAGCGAGCCGAGGUUCGCGUUCAUGACGAAGAGCGAGGUGAAUCACUUGGAGGACGGGUACAGGUGGCGCAAGUACGGACAGAAGGCCGUCAAGAAUAGCCACUCCCCCAGGAGCUACUACCGCUGCACCAGCGCGAUGUGCGGCGUGAAGAAGCGGGUGGAGCGGUCGUCGGUGGAUCCCACGGUGGUGAUCACGACCUACGAGGGCCAGCACACCCACCCCAGCCCCGUCGUGCCACGUGGCGUCCAUCCAGCACUCUCUCUUCCUCUCGCCGCCGAGAUGCCGCCUCCGCCGCCGGCGGGCCCCGGCUUCGUCCUCCCUUCGCUCCAGGCGAAGGAGAUCCACCUUCCCUACUUCACCAGCUACCUCCCUCCCCCGCCGACGGAUUUCCGCCUUGCGUCUGCUGGUAUCAUCACGGCACCCUCCGGCGAUUUGAGACACUGCACUCCCGCGGCCGAUAUUCUGAACAGGAAUCGCGGGCUGCUUCAGGACGUCAUUCCAUCGGAUAUCAGGAACAACGAAGAGUAGAUGUUUGGUACGUUAGUUCUUUCGUUUUUUUUUUUGCCCCCCUUUUUUCUCGUCCUCUUUUGGGGGAUCGUACGUACUAAAUGAUGGAAGUUGGAGAACCGUCCAUUUCGUGUGCGGAGAUUACCCACUGAUGAAGAUGUAUUGUCACUACUACUCUGUAAAUGAUUAGUUUUCUUCUACUUCUUAUA